AUGCCGCGCGACGACGCGAAAGAAAACGUCGGCGUCGUCGACGCGGACGUCAGGGCGAACGCCAAGGCGCUGAACGCCGCGCGCGCGGACGCCGUGGCGCUGGCGACGGAGCUCGGCGCGACGGUCGAACGCAAUCAAACGCUCGAGCGUUUGGCGCGCGAAUUGCGACGACGAAACGAAGAGCUCGAGCGCGCGAACGCGACGCUGGUGAAAACCAUCGAUGAUGAUUUAGUCGCCGUGCGCGAACGAGCGGAGGCGCAGGACGCGAUGCGCGAGCGGGCGGUGUCCGAGCUCGCGCUGUACGAAGAGAGACAAAGUCUUUUGGAGACGAGUUGCGCGACGCACGAGCAGCGCGCGGCGCGGACGAUGGAAGCGAUGGCGAAGAUGGAGGAACUGUGCGACGCGAGGGUGAAGAUUAUGGAAGAGCGCCAGCGCGCUCUGGAGCUGGAGCUGGAGGAGGCGCGAGUGGAGAUUGCGAAGCGACUCGAACGCGAAAUAGAGCUGACGAAGGAGUUGAAGACGUUCGGUGACAAAUUUGACGAGUUCCGAGAGGCGGUGAAGACGAACGAGUCGACGUAUGACACUCUUCACGAGGAACUGGCACGGGCGAGGAACGAAGCGCUCUCGAUUGAGAAGGCGAAGUUGGAGGCGCAGUUGAUGAAGAAAAAAUCAGACGCGGCGUUGAUCGAACUCGUCGAAGAGCGCAACGCGCUGCGAGACAGAGUGGUUCGCUUAGAGAAACAGAAUACUAGCUUAGAGGGAUUGUCGCGAUCGUUGACUGAGCGUCUGAAAGUUGACGAAGAAGCGCGCGGGUGA